AUGGGGGGCAGCUCGAGGGGCCCCUCUGCAUGCAGCUGCUGCAGCAAGACCCACAGCUGCGGGGCCAAAGAGGGUACUGCAACAAAGAGGGGGGCCUCCACGAAGACGACUUCUCCGGGGGCGAGGGGCCCCCGGGUGUACAGACACCUGCCCUUCCCCACAGUCUCCCGGACCUCCACGCGAGCUGCUAUUUCUGCGGCGCUCCGCGCCCUCCUCCGUCUCGCCCGAGUACUCGUACUCGUAGUCCCCCUCCCCCUCCUCCUCCUCCUCCUCCGCUGCUGCUGCUGCUGCUGCUGCUGCUGCUGCUGCUGCUGCUGCUUCUGCUGCAGCAGCAGGGUACUCCUCAGCCUCCUCCUCCGCCCAAACCUCCUCCCCCCCUUUUGCUGCUUCCCAGCCGCUGUAGUCCAGCUCUUCGCCUUCAGCUUCGUUUUCCGCGUACUCGUCGGCCCCCGAGUAGUAGUCUUCUGCUGCUGCUGCUGCUGCUGCUGCUGCUGCUGCUGCGUCUGCUGCUGCUGCUGCUGCAGGGUAGCCGUAGCUGCUGCUGCUGCUGCGGGCCCAGCCCUCCUCGGAGAAGACCACGGCGUCGCGCUUGGAGGGCUCGGGGGCCCUGACGGCGCCCUGGAGAAGCCGCCGCAUGGCGGAGAGGCUCGGAGGGGCCCCGGGCGGGAAAAAAGAGAAAAUAAACCCCCAAAUGGAAAAGAAAUGCAAAAAGAAACAAAAAUGAAGACUUAA